UCGGCUCCAUUGUGACUCCGCGUUCAGCUGGAAGCCGCUCUUCCAUCCUUGGCACCGGAGCGGGCGCACCACGACGAGCCCGAGCCGAGCCGAGCCGAGCCGAACCAGGAGCGCGCCGUGAAGACGAUGAUGUUUAGUCCAGCAGCCACAUUUUACUGACUGAGUGACGAGCCUGCUGUCCAGUCGCCACCAUGAUAGCCACGGGUGGCCUGCUGCGCAUGAACAGGCGACAGGAUUCACUCCGGUCCAAAAACCGAGCGGAAAACAAGAGGAAGCGGAAAUCCAAGAAGAAGAAGAAGAACGARGUGGUCAUUGUGAAAGGGAAGCUCAACCUCUGCUCCCCGGCUGGUUUGGUGGCUGCCAUUGGUGUCGUAGUUCUGAUGAUUGGGAUAUCCAUGGCCGUACUGGGAUACUGGCCUAGCCAGAACCAGCAGGAGUAUCAGGAGCGCCGCAGAAACGGAGCCUUCCACAACAGCAGYAUGAGCUACUCCAGAAGUCCAUCUGUCUCACUUAACUUGACCCACGAUACAUCUCCGUCCAGUCCAACAAAUGAGUCCAACCAGAACCAUUCUAACAGCAGCGCCCCUGAGCCCUCACCUCACUGUGGCAUCCUUUGUGACUUUCUGGAUAAUUAUCUGUACUCAGACAAUUUAAAAGUGUUUGGACCGUUGGUGAUGGGAAUUGGCAUUUUUCUCUUCAUCUGUGCCAACGCCGUCCUCCACGAAAACCGAGACAAGAAAACAAAAAUCAUCAACCUGAGGGACAUCUACUCCACGGUAAUAGAUCUGCACAGCAUCCGGUCGAAGGAGUACUCGCCUCUGAACGGCCUGGUCAACUACACCCAAUCGAAGAGCGUCGAGGGACCAUCGGCUUCGUUUCCAGCCAGCAGUUCGCACACCCGCAGCUCCUGGCCUUCCACCGGACUCAAUCCAAAGGGUGAGUUGGAUACCGAGGAGGUGUUCAGACGCUCCUCGUUGGCGAGCCGGCCACGCAGCUGCUCCAGAGACGUCCAGACCUUCACAGAUACRGUCUACAGCAUCUACAAAGACUACAGCAAUAGAGGCGAGCAGGCCCCCCAGCCCCGCCAGUGGGAGACCACUUCCAUUGUCACCUCCUCCGUGAAUGCGUUCACCCUCCCUGUGAUCAAACUCAACAACUGCGAGGUGGACGAGUCGGAGAGGGCGGAGGCGGAAGGACGUUCGGAGGAAGCGGUUGUGAUUGAGGCUGCCGCUGAAAACAUUAGUGAGGAAGGACACGCCAGCAGAGGGCACGCCGUCGAGAUAGACGGUAGGCACGAGGGGUCGGCAGCGAUGAUGGACUCCCCGCCCCCCCAUCAGAACCAGGAGGGCAGAGCCACAGAGGCGGUUAACCCGCAGGAGGUGCCUCACACACAGCUGUUUCCUCCCGCGCCAAUGGGUUCAAACACAUCCCUGAACUCCUUCGCGGAUCAGCCGAGGCUCGCGCGCCACUGCAGCCUGUCCAUGUCGGGGAGUCGUCAAAGUGACAGAGCAAGGCGUUUCAGCUGCCCCCGACUGGAGCGCUCCAACAGCAAGGGCUACAUCAAACUGACUGACCUGGGGGGCGAGUCCUUCGAAGCACCCGACACGUGCACGUCUUUAGAAGCCACAGGACAGGAAGCAGAAAUGGAUGCAAAAGCAGCAAGGGAAGGCGGAGCUCAGGGAGAGGAUGCUCUGGUGGCACCCAGUACUUCUACAGAAUCCUAGGCUUUUCUUUCUUUUUUAAAAAAUCUCACAAGCCUCCUGAAACUCUUUUUGGUCUUGUUGUUUGCUUUGUACCUUUUUCUGCCAUUAGUGAUGGACAGCUGGUCAGGAAAGGAAACACAAAAAGUACACAGCUGAGGACUAUUGACCUACAGCCAUGAGCACUCAAGAGCGACACUCUUUAUAUAUUAAAACAACAACCACUUCUCAGUAUUCAGAUGUAACUUUUCUAUUUUUCCAAUGUAGCAAGAGCAAUAUUUAAGACUUCAAAGAAGUUUUAGUAAAGAUUUAUAUUAAAAAAUAACAAAAAGAAAAAAAGAUCUGAUGAAUUUUAGUUUUUCUUUUGUACAACAGUAGGGCAAACAUUGUAGCUUGUAAAAUUACCAAAACUGUCACUGKGAACUGCUGUCCAACAUGUUGUAUGGUAGCAUUAACGUAUGCCACAGAAAAUGAAAUAGUCUAGAUUUGUUUCUCUACAUUGUUAUGUGAAAAACACGUGACUUGGUGAACUGAACUGAAUCUCAGGUAGACGUUUGGUUUAGUAUUGAGACCUUAACGACGAGGUCUUCCCUAUGUGCACACUUGUUUAUAUGAAACAUACAUGGUUGAAUAAAUCUGACUGUAACACCUACAUUUGGUCAAACAAAUGUUUUUUUGUGUAGUAUUAAAAUGCAGAAGGUGUUGUUU